AUGAUGUUUGAGGCAGAUCAAAGUGAGAAUACCCCUCUCCUGGAGACACCUGGACCUCAACAGGGAAGAGUCGGAAGACUGUGCAAUGUUCUUCCCCAGUGGACAUGGAUUCAGUGGAGGGUAACGCUGCUCGCAGCCUUCCUCAUGUUCUCCGUCAAUUUUGGGCAUUUUAUGGGGACAGCUCCGCAGCUAGCAAUAUUCGAGAACGUCAUUUGUGAAAACUACAAGCGAUCUCUCGGUCGGGAAGCUCCGUAUACGACCGUAGAAUUCGACAACAAUAUAUGCAAAUCAGAGCCCGUGCAGAGUGAACUUGCCUUCCUCCUUGGAUGGAAGAACACUCUUGAUGUGUUACCAGGCUGGUUCAACUGGCCUCUCCGCCUGGUGUGGUUGACAGGGAUGUUUCGAGCGCCCAGAGGCGGUGAUCAGUUCGCUACAUUCAUUCUUAUGACUAUCAUAGCGGACGUACUCAAUGAGGAACAGAGAACCGUAGCUUUGUUUCGGUUGGCCUCAUUACCUAUCAUCACUGAAGUGGUGGUAACUCCCAUCAGUGCAACUGUUAUGAAAAUCAGACCCUGGAUCCCAUUCUUGCUAGGUCCUAUAGUUGUCCUUAUCGGCGCUGCAUUCAGCAUCUUGGUUCCGGAAACUAUUGACAAAUCAAAGACAAUACCAACGCCGGAGGAAUCUAGUCAAAGGGAAGUUAUCGGAUCUCUUGCGCCAUCAAAACAGAAUGCACUUGGCCUUAUCACAAGCAAAGCAGAGAAAUUCGUCACCGAAACUAAAUUUUUGUGGCAAACUCCCAAACGGGUGAUCUCCCUUGGUGUUGUUUUUGCCGGAAUUCUAGAUAAAAGUUCCCUAUUUCUGCUCAUCCAGUAUGCAUCUAACAAGUUGCCCUGGACUAUUGCCAGGGCAAGUUAUCUUAUCUCAAUUCGAGGCUGUAUGACUCUGGCAACCUUCCUCGGAUUCGUCCCGCUGUUGUCUUCCUACCUUACCCGACAAUUGCAUUACACCACUUUGAAAAAAGACCUCGCUGUCGCAAAGAUCGCCGUGGUGGCUGGCUCAAUAGGUUACUUUUUGAUCUUUCUAGCCUCUGAUGCGGCUCUGCUCACUAUCGGGUGCCUAUCUGUCUCAGUAUCUAUGCCAUUUGUGGUCACCGUUAUUAGCAUUGCAACUUAUUUUACCCCGGCCGAACGUGUCGCCACUUUGUACACAGCCAUGUCCGUAUCUCAAUCCAUCGGCAUCAUCAUUGCCGGACCAAUAUUCGCCAAAUUGUAUAGUGCAGGUAUGCAUAUUGGGCUUGAGUGGUCAGGUCUCCCUUUCCUUGCUGCUGCAUCUCUUUUCCCUGUGAUUAUGAUCCCGCUUCUUUUUCUUGGGCCGGGGUCUUGA